CCGGUCGUCGCAGCAGCGUUCAUUCCCGGCUGGUUCUUCGUCCCGUUCCCAUUCCCGUUCGUAAACCGGCAGCGGACAAACAUCGAAAAUGUCUGGUUCAAACCCCUAUGACAAACUGUUGAAGUCUCUCAGUGUUGGAGGAGUUACGUACAAUUAUUAUGAUCUUCAAGGACUUGGGCCAAAAUAUGGUAAAUUGCCGUAUUCCGUUCGUGUUCUGCUGGAAUCAGCAGUCAGGAACUGUGACAAUUUCCAAGUCAAGGAGAAAGAUGUUGAAAACAUCCUCAACUGGGAGGUGAAUCAAAAAGUCGAAGGGGGUGUCGAAGUCCCUUUCAAGCCUGCCAGAGUCAUCUUGCAGGAUUUCACUGGUGUGCCUGCUGUUGUGGACUUUGCAGCAAUGAGGGACGCCGUGAAAUCGCUCGGAGGUGAUCCCGACAAGAUCAACCCAAUUUGUCCCUCUGAUCUUGUCAUCGACCAUUCAGUCCAAGUUGACUUUUCAAGAACAAACGAUGCUCUCCAGAAAAAUGAGGAGCUUGAGUUUGAACGAAACAAAGAACGUUUCACAUUUCUAAAGUGGGGAGCAAAAGCCUUCCGAAAUAUGCUUAUUGUCCCACCUGGGUCUGGUAUUGUACACCAAGUCAACCUGGAAUACCUGGCCAGGGUCGUUUUCACCGAUGGGUCAACUCUGUACCCUGAUAGUGUAGUCGGUACUGAUUCUCACACGACUAUGAUUAACGGACUUGGAGUAGUUGGCUGGGGCGUGGGUGGCAUUGAAGCUGAAGCUGUCAUGCUCGGUCAAGCAAUUUCUAUGCUCAUACCCCAAGUUGUCGGUUACAAGCUUGUUGGAGAACUUAGUCAAUAUGCCACUUCCACUGACCUUGUAUUGACUAUAACCAAGAAUUUGCGUCAGUUGGGUGUGGUAGGUAAGUUUGUUGAGUUUUUUGGACCAGGUGUUGCCAACCUUUCAAUCGCCGAUCGUGCCACUAUCUCCAACAUGUGCCCUGAGUACGGUGCCACAGUCGGUUUCUUCCCUGUCGAUGUUAACAGCCUUCAAUACCUCAGACAGACAAAUCGUGACGCUGUAAAAGUCCAGGCCGUCGAGCAGUACCUGAAGGCAGUCGGUCUUCUCAGGGAUUUUAAGGAUUCAGGAGAAGACCCUGUGUUCAGCCAGGUUAUUGAGCUGGACCUCUCCACUGUUGUCACUUGCAUUUCUGGACCCAAACGGCCUCAGGAUAAGGUGUCGGUCACCGAUAUGAAAGUAGAGUUCGCAAAAUGUUUAACAAAUAAGGUUGGAUUCAAUGGAUUUGGACUCAGUCCAGAGGUAAUGUCAAAAACUGGAAAAUUCAUUCACGAGGGUAAAGAAUACACAAUCCGCCAUGGGUCUGUUGUCAUCGCUGCAAUCACAUCCUGCACCAACACCAGCAACCCGAGCGUCAUGCUUGGUGCAGGACUCCUUGCCAAAAAGGCAGUUGAAGCCGGACUUGAAGUUCCAGCAUAUGUAAAGACUUCGCUUUCGCCCGGUUCUGGCGUUGUAACACACUAUCUGAGAGAGUCUGGAGUGAUCCCAUACCUUAAUAAACUUGGAUUUUCUAUUGUUGGAUUUGGAUGCAUGACCUGUAUCGGUAACUCUGGUCCUCUACCUGACUACAUGGUUGAUGCUAUUGAAAAGAAUGAGUUGGUGUGUUGUGGUGUUCUAUCAGGAAACAGAAAUUUUGAGGGCAGAAUUCAUCCAAACACAAGAGCUAACUAUUUGGCAUCACCAUUGUUAGUAAUAGCAUACGCCAUUGCUGGACGAGUCGACAUAGACUUUGAAACAGAGCCUUUGGGGGUUGGAGUAGAUGGAAAACAGGUCUUCUUGAGGGACGUUUGGCCAUCACGUACAGAGAUCCACCAUGUAGAAAAAGUGACGGUCAUCCCGGGAAUGUUCAGGGAUGUCUAUUCAAGAAUCGAAAACGGUUCCAACUCGUGGAGGAGCCUGUCAGCUCCAGAUGGCAAAUUGUACCCUUGGGACCAGAAAUCAACUUAUAUCAAGAGUCCUCCUUUUUUCGCCGGAAUGACUAAAGAAUUGCCAAAAGCUCAGCCCAUUAAAAAUGCAAGGGUUCUCCUCCUCCUCGGGGAUUCUGUUACAACCGACCACAUCUCUCCAGCUGGGAGCAUAGCAAGAAACAGCCCUGCAGCUAGAUUCUUAGCAAGCAGAGGUUUAACCCCGCGAGAAUUCAAUUCAUAUGGAUCGAGAAGAGGAAAUGAUGAUAUAAUGGCAAGGGGCACAUUUGCUAACAUUCGCCUUGUCAAUCACUUUGUCUCAGCUCCUGGGCCUAGAACCGUCCACUUUCCCUCCAACGAAGAGUUGGACGUUUUUGACGCUGCAGAAAGGUACAAACAAGAGGGCACACCGUUGAUCUUGAUUGUCGGAAAGGAUUAUGGAUCAGGGUCAUCAAGAGACUGGGCCGCAAAAGGGCCGUUCUUACUGGGGAUCAAAGCCGUUAUUGCGGAGUCGUACGAACGUAUCCACAGAUCCAACCUUGUAGGAAUGGGCGUUGUCCCCCUCCAAUUCUUGAACGGGCAGAACGCAAAAUCUCUCGGUUUGACAGGCAAGGAGGUUUUUUCAAUUGACAUCCCAAGUGAUUUACGGCCUCUCCAGACCGUUUCAGUACAGACUGACGCUGGAAAGAGUUUUGAUGUCACUGUCAGAUUUGACACUGAGGUUGACCUUCUCUAUUAUAGACAUGGUGGAAUACUUAACUACAUGAUAAGAAAAAUGCUUGCAUAAAUUUUUGUCUUUUAGGGCAAAAAUUUGGGUCAACUUUAAACACAAUUAUGUUGUGACUGCAUAACUCUUCAACUUUUACAAAAUAGCCAUAUUUUUAAAGACUUAUUUUAUUAGUGGAUAAAAUGUUAGUUAUUACUUGAAGGAUGUAUUUGGGUAGUUAUUUUUUUUAAAUGAAAGGCUUGGGAAAUAUAGGUGAUUUGAAACUGA